AUGUUGGUCAACAAUGUUUCUGAGGCGGAAGGACCGAAUCUCAGCAUCCCCAUUCCCAUUCUUCACGACCUAAUAGUCUCCUCUGUCGCUCAACAUGGAGACAAAGUGGCGAUGGUGUGUAAACACCAGCCUGCCGACCUGUUCCCAGCGGUAAACAUGCAUGAUAAUUCCAGGAUCAAACAUACAGAGAAGUCUCAUCUUCAAUGGACUCAUUCCCAGCUGCAAUACGGAGCCGACCUUCUCGCCCAUGCGUUGUUGAAGCAGGGGCUGCAACCCGGCUCGCCGAUUGCUGUGCUACUCAGUGGAAGAGUCGAGUUCCACAUGCUUUUGCGUGCAGCAGUCAAACUGAAAUGUCCAUUCACGCCUCUCAAUCUGAGAGCACCCCAAAAUGCCAAAGAGAUCAGGCAUAUGUUGACAUUGUCAGAGGCCAAGGCUGUUAUUGUGGAGGACGACUCGAUCGCGGCCAGACUUGAACAGACUGUACCAGACUUGAUGCAGCAGAUGCAGGUGAAGGCCAUGGCGGGACCAAAGUCGGCGAUCGAAUCGUACUUGUCACUCAACGAAAUCGUGUCCAGUGCUGCCGAAGACGAUAGCUUCCCGGAGACACAGCGGACCCUCGACCAACUUGAUCGUUGUUUGGAUGAUGUUGUAUUCAUCUGGUUCACUUCAGGCACAACAGCACUUCCUAAGGCAGCGCCACACACCAACAAAUCACUCACUUGCAACGUGAGGUCCUGGGGAGAAGCAUUCAAACUCGAACACACGCGCCGAUGGCUCCAGAUCCUCCCGAUGAACUCGAUCGUCGGCAGCUCGUGGACACUGGCCUAUCUCAUACCAGGAGGUAGUGUCACCCAUGUCAACUACAACUUUGACGUUCAGUCCAUUGCCACCGCAAUUCAAGAAGGAGAAUACACCGACGUACUCGCGGUGCCGUCCAUGAUAGAUCUCUUGUCCUCUUCCUCGAUAUUGACCCAGUCUUCCGUCAAAGGCAUUGAUCACAUCAUUGUGGGUGGGAGCAAGAUAUUACGGUCUCAUGUCGAAAAGUCUUUUGGCGUCUUAAAAUGCAGGCACUUCAGUCCCUUCUUUGGUAUGACCGAGGGUACUUCUGUUUGCUCGGAGACACUACACUCUGUCCCAGAGAGUCUGGAUGAUCCAAUUUAUGCCGGUUAUGCCAACCCUGGAAGCAAGAUCAGGAUCUGUGCACCCGACCGCAUCGAGCCACUCCCCAGAGGUGUGCCCGGCGAGAUAGUGCAGGGUGGCUUGCAGAAAAUUGAAAGUUAUCUGGGAGGUCAAGGCAAAGAUAACUUUUUCACUGACAACGAAGAAACUUGGUACAGAUGCGGCGACCAAGCAAUCAUGCUGCCGAAUGGGAGAAUUGCAAUCGUCGGAAGGUAUAAAGACAUGAUCAUCAGGGGUGGCAUGAACAUAGCUUCUGCAGCUGUUGAAGCCAUAAUAUCUGAAGGCACGGGUAUAGAUUCUCAGGUGAUCGGCAUCCCGGACGAAGUCGCUGGUGAGGUUCCAAUUGCAGUGAUCAAAUAUGCGGGAGGAGAUCAAGAUAUCGCCAUCAAAAUUCAGAGAUGCGUUCUAGAUAAAAUGGGUCCUGCGUAUGCGAUAGAGCAAGUGGUCAACUUGCAUGCGCUUGGAUUGGAAGACUGGCCAAAAACUAGCUCGGGGAAGGUCCUGAAGCGAGAGUUGCGACUGAUGUUUGAGAACUCGCUUCUGUCAGCAGGCCCAGAGCAGACCGACACGCCACGGAACGGAGAAUACCAGAGGAUCCAAACGCAGACGGACGAAGCCCGGCUGCAGGACCUUCUGCUCAAACGCGUCCAACAGCAAGGAAUCCUGGUCUCGAGCAUUGACGAAAACUUCCACGACAUUGGCAUGGAUAGUCUGCUUGCAAUGAGACUAAAGAAUGCUAUCGAUCGAGACGUCGAAUUGGGCGGGCACUCAAAGCUAGCCCCGGAGGAUAUCUUUCAAUAUGGCACUGUCCGGCGCCUUGCCGCCCACUUGAUGGUGAAUCAACAUGGCAGCAGGGCUUCAACGGGUGCCUCGUCCCAUUUUGACGCAAUUGUUGAUGAAAUGGAUUCCAUGGUCGGGAAAUACGGAGAGUUCCGUAUGCACAGGGUCUCGGAGGGUGUUGUUGCUCACAAGCAAACAGUGCUCCUGACAGGGGGUACUGGCUCUCUAGGUGCUCACAUCCUUGCCCUGCUGGUCGACCGGGAUGAUGUUGCUACAAUUUAUUGUCCAGUGAGAGGGCGUGAACCAGCAAAGCGACUAGAAGAAUCUCUCAGCAGGCGGUUGAUUGGGACACCGCAAUACCCUGAAAAGGUCAAGCUUAUCAGCAUCGAGCCAGGAAAGCCCUGGCUCGACUCCGAUGCAGCCAUGAAAGAAGCUCUACUCGACAACCUUACCGUCAUCAUUCAUGCUGCAUGGCCCGUUAACUUCCACCUGCCCCUAUCAUCGUUCCGCCCUCAUCUUCGUGAUCUGCAAAAGCUGAUUCAACUGUCUUUGGAUGUGCGAUUAUCCAAGCCCGCUCGAAUGAUGUUCUGUUCCUCAAUGGGUGUUGCGCUGAGCACGCGAGGGCAAAAGCGGAUUGCAGAAGAACCCAUCAUGGACUUUCGACAAGGUUUGAGCAGCGGAUACACUCAAUCCAAGGUUGUUGCAGAAUACAUUGUGCAAAGGGCAGUUGAAGACUUCGGUGCAUUAGCCAGCAAUCUGCGAAUUGGCCAGAUUGUGGGAGACACCAAGCAUGGCAUCUGGAACGACCAGGAGGCCAUUCCCCUGAUGAUACGCUCUGCUUUGAGUAUACGGACGUUGCCCGCCCUGGACAUGAAAUGCUCGUGGAUCCCUGUCGACACUCUGGCGAGAGCCGUCAUUGAGAUUGCAACAAUGCCGGACCACCAGCAGCCACCAAGACUCGUCUACAAUAUGUGUAGCAAGCUCACGUUCUCCUGGACAUCAGACUUGUUGCCGGCACUUGCAGACGCAGGGCUCGAUUUCAAGACUGUACCAUUUUCUGAAUGGACUGCAAGCCUGAGAGAAUACAGCGCAACAAACGGGUUGGAGGUGGCAAGCAUAAAUUGUCCAGCCAUCAAAUUAAUCGAUUUCUGGGAAAAGUCUUAUGGUGGCAAAGAGAAGCAGCACGACGGCGGCCUACAAUUCGACACCCGUGAAGCACAAGCUGUUAGCAAAAGUAUGGCGACGGCUCCUGACGUGAUCAAAAGUGGCUUGAUUAAGGUCAUGCUGGAUUCAUGGAUGAAAAACUGGGGUGGCCACGUCAAUGCCACGUCCGUGAACGGGCAGCAACAUUGA